AAAAAAAAAAAAACAAUGGCUUCUUGGAACCAUCUCUUGAAAUGUUGUAUUCUUCUAGCUAUACUCACGAUCGUGCAGGCUCAAACCAACCGGAAACUUCUUGACAACAACACACCUACAACAUACUCUCAUUUCAAACAUCCACCUAUGGAUUCUCGUCAAGAUUAUCUUCCUUCUUCUCACCGUUCACUUGGUGCUCAGUAUUACAAGAGAUCACCACCUCCACCACCACCAAGAAAAAUAUAGAAAAGACAGAAUCCGAAACCACUGGUCGUGGAGCAGACUCGUGUAAGUUGGUGUCAUGUUUGGAAAGAGCAUAUACGUUCUCAUCUUUGUUUUCUAUUUUCAAGAUAUGUCUAAUGUUUUCACUUCUCGUCAAGAUUAUGUUUUCACUUGGUAUAUGUUUUCCAAAGCA